GUCUGAACCCGGCUGUCUCUCCGUGAUGACGCAGAGACUCUGAAGAGGCAGCAUGGCAGCCUCCAUAUCCCAGCAGCUCGAGGAGCUUUUAAACCCUUUACCGACCUUCGCAGAUCCCGAGGACGACCCGGAUGAAGAAACCAAAGCCAGAGUUAUAGACAAGUUUGAUGAAGGUGGUAAUGAUGACGACAAGGAUCUCCAGUCUGGUGGGCUGCGGAAGCGUGCCCCCACUCUAUUGGCAGACACUGAUAAACGCUAUCAAGGCAAAGCUGUAUCACGCAAACAGCUGCGAGAAGAGGCUGAUGGUUCAGCUGAUGAUGAUGAUGAUGAUGAUGAUGAUGAUGAAGAUCUUGACAAUGAAGAGCUAGGUGAAGAUUUGGAAGAUGAGGAGGAAAGUGUAGAAGGUGAUGAGGAGGAAGAUGAGGAUGAUGAAGAUGAGGACCUAAACGAGGAUGACAGUUCACAGAUGUCCUCCUUGGCCACCAAGAUGAAAAGGACUGACCUAAACAUCCCUAAAGAGAUAGACUUCAGGAAGUUUACUGAGGGAAUGGACGACCUGGGAGAGAGUGACUCUGAGGAGGAUGGUGAGAUGGACGAAGAGGACAGUGAGGAGGAGGAAGGAGAAGACGAUGAGGAUGAGGAGGAGGAGGGUGAUGAAGAUGAUUCUGGAGGUGUGAUGACCUUCUCAAAGCAGAAAGUGGAUGAAGAGGUGGAAAAGGGCCAAGCAGUGAAAAGUCAGCUUGCUCUUUGGGAUCAGUUACUUGAAGGACGAAUCAAAAUGCAGAAAGCCCUUGUAAUGGCCAAUCAACUUCCACAGCCUAACACCUUCCCAGAAUUUCAGAGUAAGGGUGGGGCAGAGUAUGCUGGAGCGCUGAAAAACAGCCACAAAGCCCUGAAGGCUCUGCAGAGAUCUCUGCUGGAGCUGCAGGAUCUGCUGCUGUACCAGAACCCUGACACUAGAGCGAUCUCACAGGGAAAAACCUGGGGAAGUGACAGCAAAGCUGAAGAAGAUGAGGAGAUUAAUAGUGAUGAAGAUGAAGAUGAAGAAGAGGAAAGGCACACAGGUCUAAACAGACCUCCCAAGCGGAAGCUGAACAUGACAGAUUAUCCAGAUUUCAUGGCCAAGCGAUUUGUGGCCUUUCAGCCCUACCGAGACGCCACCCUGCAGAAAUGGUACGAUAAGACGCGGCUCACCAUGGGAAAGACCAAUAAGGGCUUUGGAGCGUUUGAAAGGAAUAUCCUGACUCAGGUGGAGCAGGUUAUGAUGGAUAAGGAGCGCUUACUCAGACGCACACAGACUCGCAGAUCAGACUACAGAGUUCUGGGUAAACCAGAGAUCUCUGUGACCAACACAAACCCCAGCACCACAGACCCUGAGGCAACAGAUCUUCCCCUCAAAGCUAAUGCACAUCUCAAAGAUCUGGAUGAGGAGAUCUUUGACGAUGAUGACUUUUAUCACCAGCUUCUUCGAGAGCUGAUUGAGCGCAAAACAAGUGCAGCAGACCCUAAUGAUCAAGUGGCUAUGGGCAGACAGUGGCUGGCCAUCCAGAAGCUCCGCAGCAAAAUCAAAAAGAAAGUAGAUACCAAGGCAAGCAAAGGCAGGAAGAUCAGAUUCCACAUUCACAGUAAGCUGGUGAAUUUUAUGGCUCCUAUUGACAACAGUGCCAUGAGUGAUGAAGCUCGAUCAGAGCUGUAUCGAUCUCUGUUUGGAUCACAGAUGGUUCACUGACGCUGUCCAGAAGAUUUCUGAAGACGGUAUCCAGGUUGAAUCCACUCAGGACCAGGGUGCCGAUUUGUGCACAACCCUCCCUCUUUGUGUGCAGGCAUCACUCCGGCCUGAGCCAUCAUACCUCUGCUGCGAGCCGGCAGCUUUAUUUGGGACUCAGAAAAUGACUGUGUUCGUUUCUACUUCAUAUGUAAUUGCUAUUCUGUGAGAACACCUUUGUACUUUUGCUGAUCUGCUGAACGUCACUUUUAAACCUGUCUUUGUAUUAAAAGUGCUGUUUUGUCAGCAAA